AUGGACUACAAGCAGCAUAUUUGUGACUGCAUCAACAACUUAGUAAUCAAUCUGUUUCUAUAUAUCUCAUUCUGUUUGUUUGUUUCUAUCUAUCUAUCUAUCUAUCUAUCUAUCUAUCUAUCUCAGUUUGUUUAUCUGUCUAUCUGUUUGUUUAUCUAUGACAGUCUGUAUCUAUCUAUCUAUCUAUCUAUCUAUCUAUCUAUCUAUCUAUCUAUCUAUCUCAAUCUGUUUAUAUCUAUCUAUUUUCAUGUCUAUGUAUCUCAAUCUGUUCAUAUAUAUCUAUCUGUUUACCUCAGUUUGUUUAUCUCAAUCUGUUUAUAUCUAUCUAUUUUCAUGUCUAUCUCUGUUCAUAUCUAUCUAUCUAUCUAUCUAUCUAUUUUCAUGUCUAUCGCAAUCUGUUCAUAUCUAUCUAUCUAUCUCAAUCUGUUUAUAUUCAUCUAUUUCAGUCUGUUUCUAUCUAUCUAUUUUUAUGUUUAUCUCAAUCUGUUCAUAUCUAUCUAUCUAUCUAUCUAUCUAUCUAUCUAUCUAUCUAUCUCACUCAGUCUGUUUAUUUAUCUCAAUCUGUUUAUAUUCAUCUAUUUCAGUCUGUUUCUAUCUAUCUAUCUAUUUUCAUUUCUACUCACAUGA